UCUCACUUUAACAUGCCCACACACAUACGCACACACCGACGCAUACACUUGUCAAUUGUUCGCGAGCCACUGAUUCGCUAGCGCACGCAUCGCACACACUAUAUACAGUAGUCUCGUCACACAUCUCACUCUCACCCAACCCACACCCCACACCCCUCACCAAAUCCUCCUCUCUCUAGCUAGCUCAUCCACCAACAGAACCCAUCCAUCAUCUAUCCAGAAAUCAAGACCCACCAAAUUUCCCAAUUGAGAAAUCACAGCAGAAAAUCAUUUCGGAUCCAUCCAUUCUACAAGCAAGCUACUAGCUUCUUGAUCUGUUGCUAGUAGAAGCUUGCUAGCUCGCUAUAGCAAUUCCCAUGGAGUUGUUCCCCAGGCAACCGGACCUGGCGCUGCCAGUUAGCACCACCAGUUCGUCCUCCACCUCGGCGUCCUCACCUCCAGCUAGCUGGCCAAGGCCACCAGACGCUGGCUGCAACAGCAGCAGCAUGGAUCAGUUCAGCCCCCUAGGGUUUUGGCGAGCCACCACCGACAUCGCUGCUGGGGUGGCCAAUAAAUAUGGUUCCCCGUCGGCGGCAACCGCAAGCUACUCCAACCACAGCAACCACUACCAUCACCGGAUGAAUGCUUUGCUCAAGCCGAUAAGAGGAGUGCCCAUCUACCACCACCACCCCUUCCAGCUUCACCAGCAGUACCAGCAGCAGCACAUGGCAAUGACCUAUCGGAGCAACGGCGGCGGCGGCCUACUGCCAUCGUCCAGAUCGUCGAGGUUCCCGCCGGGGCGGCGCAGCGUGCGGGCGCCAAGGAUGCGGUGGACAACCACUCUGCAUGCUCGCUUCGUGCACGCUGUCGAGCUCCUUGGUGGUCAUGAUAGAGCGACUCCCAAGUCAGUACUGGAGCUGAUGGAUGUGAAGGAUCUCACCUUGGCACAUGUCAAAUCUCACUUGCAGAUGUAUCGUACGAUAAAGAGUACCGACAAACCAGCGAUUUUGUCAGGACAAAAUGAAGGAUUAGAUAAUGGAUCAGCGGGUGAGAUCUCGGAUGAGAGCUUGCCGGAGGCACUUAGCACUCACCGGGGUACAGAUUAUAAUGGAACCACUGCAAAUUCGCACAGCAGCAACAGUUACAAUGGUGGUUUGUGGAGCAACUCUUCAAGGGUUGGAUGGCCUGGUUUCCCCACAAAUAAUGCUGAAACUGGAACUUCAUGUCACAAUGAGGAUGCUCCGUCGAAGAGCCUCGAGAUGUCGGCUGAGAUGAACGUGUCGUGCAUCUCCGAUCAGACAUCAAGUCCACCAGGACAGCCGAACCUCGAGUUUACCCUCGGGAGGACACGCCAUUAAGUAACUAAUUAAUACAUAUUUGUAGCUAGGCUUAUUUAAUUGAUCCAAGUCAGCCAGGAUAGCUAGAUCGAGGUAAAGAUUAAAGGAAAAAAGAUGGGAUGCAGGCACAAGAAAAGAGGAAAGCAUUCGGUGAGCACUGCAACAUUCUGAUCAAGGUCAAAGGUGCCGAUGAGAUAAAAGAGAUGUGUGUGCGUGUGUGUGGAAGAGAGAGAUAGAGUGAGCUAGAUAGCUUUGCUAGAGAGAGAGAGAGAGAGAGCGAGAGAGCAGUAGUACUAUGAGAUCUUGCUGCUCCAUGAAUGGCUUCCUUUAUGUAUAAAGUGAUCAAUUAUGUUGUUCAAAGUUUGUGCAUGGAAUGUGGGAGAGAUGGAGAUCUAGAGAGAGUAGGGGGUAUCCAUCCAUCUUUUUUACUGCCACAUAAAAAGCUGGAAAAAUAAAAAGGGGAGUGAUUCAUCCA